AUGGGGAUAUUCCUACUGCCAACCUCGAUCAUAAACAGGCUAAACCAACUUAUAAGAAAAUUCUGGUGGGGAUACAAUGAGGACACCUCAAAGAUUCAGUGGGUAAGGUGGAACCAACUCAGCUACAGCAAAGAGGCGGGUGGUCUUGGAUUUAGAGAUUUCAGAAGCUUCAACCUGGCUUUACUUGCCAAACAAGGAUGGAGGAUUUUACAGAAUCCAUCCUCCUUAGCUGCCAUGGUCUUAAAGCAAAAAUACUUUCCAAAAACUAGUUUCCUAGAUGCAACACUGGGGGCAAGGCCUUCUUUUGCGUGGAGAGGAGUGUGUGCAGGUCUGGAAAUUCUAAGAGAGGGACUAGUGUGGAGAGUGGGUAGUGGGCACAAUAUUAACAUUUGGAAGGACUGGUGGUUAACAUCAUUUCCAUCAAAAAGAGUAGUCUCUACUCGACCAGUGGGCUGUGAGUGUGAAAAGGAGUUGUUCACUGUACAAGAGUAUGAAGCUGUAAAAGCAAUCCCCAUCAGUGCUGGGGGUGGGGAAGAUAGGAUGAUCUGGCACUUCUCCACCAAUGGCCAGUAUUCAGUGAAAAGUGGGUACCAUGUUCACAGGCAAAUGGAGGCUGAUUUUCAGGGGGAGUCUUCAAAAAAAACUCAGGCCAUAGAAGAAGUAUCCAUCUUUAGAGAAUCCCUUGUAACAGACAAAGGAACAAGGAAACAGGCUGGAUCAGCAGGACUUAGGUGGGCCAAACCAAUGCAGAACUCCUACAAGCUCAAUUGGGACGCAACAAUUAGAGCAAAAGAGGGGAGAGUUGGGAUAGGUGUGAUAGUCAGGGACUACCAAGGACAAGUAGUUGGCACUGUAAGAGCUCAAAGACCUUUAAGAGGGACUCCUUUCGAUGGUGAGGCUUAUGGUUUGUUGGUUGCAGCUGAAUUUAGUAGAGACUUGGGGCUGCAACAGGUCUGUUUAGAGGGUGAUGCAAAGCGUGUGGUGGAUGGUUUGCAGAGCAAAGCAAUGGACUGGAGCUUAGGGGGGUGUCUGAUUGAAGAUGCGAAAAGGGUAUUGGAUUCAAGUGUCGACUGGACAGCCUCCCAUGUCCAUAGAGAGGCAAAUAUGGCAGCACACCAGCUUGCAAAAGUGGCUACAGAGAUGGUAGAAGAUGUCUAUGACGUUGAGAGAUGCCCGAGCUGUGUUUUUCAUAUUGUACAUAGGGAGAUGAUGUAG